CUCCACCAUCCCCUUCAUCGUCUGCACCUACCUGGCCCAGGACUGGUACUUCGGGGACCUGGGGUGCCGCAUACUGCUCAGCCUGGACCUGCUCACCAUGCACGCCAGCAUCUUCACCCUCACCCUCAUGUGCACCGAGCGCUACCUGGCCGUCACCCGGCCCCUGGACACUCUGAAACGGUCCCAUGGCUACCGGAAGGGGGUCUGGUCGGUCUCACUGCUCCUUACUCUGCCCAUGAUGCUGAUGGUCACCCUGACCGAGGGGGGCAAGGCGGAGGGCAAGGUGAAGAGGAUGUGCGCGCCCACCUGGAGCGUGGACGCCUACCGGACCUACCUGACGGUGCUCUUCAGCACCAGCAUCAUGGCCCCGGGAAUCAUCAUUGGCUUCCUCUACACACGUCUGGCCAGGACCUACCUGGAGUCCCAGAGGAACCCCCCCCACAAGGAGAAGAGCAAGAGAUCCCCCCGGCAGAAGGUCCUCAUCAUGAUUUUCAGCAUCGUGCUGGUCUUCUGGGCCUGCUUCCUGCCAUUUUGGAUCUGGCAACUGGUGCGACUCUACAGCAGCUCCCUGCAGCUCACCACCCAAACCCAAAAGUGCAUUAACUACCUGGUGACCUGCCUGACCUACAGCAACAGCUGCAUCAACCCUUUCCUCUACACCCUGCUCACCAAAAACUACCGGGAAUACCUGCGCAACAGGCACCGCAACUUCUACAGGUUCACAUCCUCCUUUCGCAAGAGGGGCUCCAACCUGCAGUGCUCCUGGGGACGGUCCAUGUCCUCCAGCAACCAGUAUGACUACAGCUCGGAGGCCCUGGGCAUGGCCACGCUGAAGGACAAGUGAGGAAGAGGAGGCGCUUUGGAGACACCAGGACCAGCAGAGCGUCUGGCCAAGG